UCAGGCCGUCGAGUAGGACGGUCGUCUCGCACGGUGUUAACAGUGCCCUUUUACGCAGUUGUUAUUUCUUAGUGUUGUUUUUUAUUCUGGAUUAUUAUUUCUUUUGUUUGUGUGUGUGUUGUGUUUAAUAUUGUGUUGUUACAAUGGCUAUGGAGCCGCUGACUACAGUUCCUGUGGAUGAAUUAGAAUCGUGGGUGGAACUCAACUCGGGCGGCGGACUGGCCGCUGUCGAGAACGAGUACAUCAGACUCCUGAGGGAGGCACAGAGGGAGAGCCGCGACUCCUCCGUCAGGCACUCGCGCGCGUCCAGCGUUAAAGGCAGUCCAAAGUCUCCGCCUAACAGUCCGAACUUGGAGCCUUCCACUGAAGAUGAGCUGAAGGGAGUCUACAUUAACUGCUGGAGAGAUGACUCCAACGACUGGGUGUGGGAAUGGAGCAGUAGACCCGACCAGCUUCCUCCUAAGGACUGGCGGUUUAAGCACCCCACAAGCGCUCGCGGUCCACCAUCAGCCACCUCCUCCAUUGAGGUCUUGGAGCAGCAACUAGCUGCGCCUGUUAUGCAGCAGAGUCAUUGCCUGUCAGUCCGUCGCACUUGCCUGUUCAGCCGCGGCGCCAUCGCGGCCGUACUACUCACGAACGUCGUCUCGCUACUGCUCGGCGCUGGCAUCGGGAUGUGGCUGAGCAAGCGAGGUCUGUUGCCGCCCCGGCUCAUAGUGCUCAACUAAAAGACUGACGGAUGCACAUAGCUUUUUAUUAUUAGUUAUGCGAUUUAACGACAAAAGUAAAGAAAAUAUUGUAUACCUUAAAAAUAACUAGUCCACCAUCUUGUAUAUUCAGCCAUGUUGGAUUUAGGAUGACGUCACUUAACAUGUAUUGUCACCCAAAAUAAACAUGUAUGCAAAAUUUCAGCUCAAUCGGUUGAGGGCAAGUGCCUUAAAACUGCGUUGUAAAAUUCCACCCGAACACACGUAGUUACAUACAUACAUACAUUGCAAGUUAAAUAAUAAAAGCUAAUAAAUAUAUCAUUCAUCAUCUCCCGAGCCUUUCCCCAACUAUGUUGGGGUCGGCUUCCAGUCUAACCGGAUGCAGCUGAGUAUUAGUAUUGAAAAUUACAAAUUUAAAAAACCCCCGACCCAAAAAAAGUACGCAAUAAUUAUGACAAA